AUGGAAAAUACGUUGAAAACGCAAAUGAAACGAAAGCAUGUCAUCCUGACUUUAGCGGAAAAGGUACGUAUAGUUGAAGAGGCUGAAGAAGGAACCGAAUCUCGUGAGAUAAUCGGGAAAAAAUACGGCGUGGCAGGUACCACCGUUACAAGGAUCUUGCAAAAUAAAGCUGCGUUACGUCUGAAACUGAAUCAUUUCAAAGAGCAUGGUGUGAAUAACAGGAAAACUAUGAAGGAACCACUUUUACCAUUGUUAGAAAAGGCUCUGUACGUAUGGAUUCUGCAACAACGUGACGAAGGAAUUAUUGUCACAUCCGACAUUCUGCGAGCUAAGGCCGAGUUAUUGCUUGGUUUACUUAAAGAACGUGGUGUUUAUGUAAACCAAACGUUCACUUUUUCGGAAGGAUGGGCGCGACGCUUUAAAGAACGUUUCGGGUUGCGCAUAAAGCGUGUUGUCGGAGAAAAGGUUUCCGCUGAUCUACCCGCUUAUUUGAAAUUUAAACCUGUCUUCGCCAAAAAAAUCGACGAAAUGCAACUCAAACCAUCGCAAAUAUAUAACGCUGAUGAAUCUGCUAUAUUUCCGAAGCUGCUGGCGUCACGUAGCAUAAUAACAUGCAAUGAAAAACAAGCAUAUGGGCGGAAAGUUAAUAAAACCCGCUAUACGUUUAUGCCAUGCUGCAACGCCGACGGUUCCAAUAAACUAAAACUGUUGUUUAUUGGAACCGCUGCCAAGCCACGUUCGCUCCCUCAUAAGGCCGAACUUCCGGUGGAGUACUGUCAUUCAAAAAAAGCUUGGAUGACGAGGCAACUAUUCCACACAUGGUUCUACGAGCAGUUUGUUCCGUCUGUGCGAGCUUUUUCCGCGGAACAAGGCCUGCAACCGAAAGCUUUACUUGUGCUCGACAAUUGCACGGCGCAUUACGAUGGCAGUGACAACCUGGAAUCCGACAAUGGGCUGAUACAGGCUAUCUACCUGCCACCGAAUGUGACCUCCGAAUGCCAGCCGAUGGACCAAGCCGUCAUUAAUGCCAUCAAAACCAGAUACAAGCGCAAAUUGAUGUUGGCUUUGGUCCUCGAAAACGACCAUUUACCCUUUGAAGACAGGUUAAAAAAAAUUAGUCUUCUACAAAGUAUGAGCUGGCUGGACGAAUCCUGGAAAGAAAUCACACCAAGAACCAUCAAAAACUCAUGGAAAAAAUUAAUAGAUCAGUUUCCAGAAAGUACCGGAUGCUCUACGCAGGAGGAGUUUGCAAUAUCAGAUAUGCAGGCUCUUGCUGCUUCAGUGGAUACGUUGGCAGGAACUACUACAUCUGAGGAAGAUUUAAAGUUUUGGCUGAAUGACCGUAUAUACGACGCUAAUAAUAACCCGGCUUGGACUACAAGCGAAAUCUUUACCGAUGAGCAAAUAAUGCAAUCGAUUUUGGGAGAAAGCAAUUCGGAUUACGGUGCUACUGAUGGUGAUGAUGUAGAAACCAUGAUUGAUGUUUCAUCGAUAAACGUUGGAGAUCAUUCAGAGACCCCGUCAUUCGCCGAAGCUCUCCAAUCUGUUGACUGCCUUAUUCGUUAUUUGAAAGACGAUGCAACCCAAAUAAGUCGACUGAAUUUAAUAAGAACUACAAUUGUCGAAAACGAAUGGCGUAGGCGCAAGAUUUAA